UUGUAACGGGGGUUUGCAGCCUUAUUGCACGUAGUGGCUUUUCUAACACGUGGAAUUAGUCGAAUCCUGAUCUUGCAUUGUUAUUCGAAAAGUGAAGUAAACAAUGUGGAAACUGAAGAUCGCAGAGGGAGGGAGUCCAUGGCUGCGUACGACAAACGAUCACGUUGGCCGACAAUUUUGGGAGUUUGAUCCUACGCUGGGGUCCCCUGAGGAGCUGGCCGAUAUCGAGAAAGCUCGACAGACAUUUCAUGAAAAUCGAUUCAAGAAAAAACACAGCUCAGAUCUGCUUAUGCGCAUUCAGUUUGCAAAGGAGAACUCAGAGUCCUCUGUAUUCCCACCAAAAGUCGACAUAAAAAAUGAUGAAGAUAUUACGGAGGAUAAAGUUACAAAUGUAUUAAGAAGAGCUAUUGGUUUCCAUUCAACCCUCCAGGCAGAUGAUGGACAUUGGCCAGGAGACAUAGGGGGCCCUAUGUUUUUAUUGCCUGGUUUGGUCAUUACCCUAACAAUUACAGGGGAAUUGAAUGCAGUCUUAUCCAAAGAACAUAAACAGGAGAUCUGCCGCUACAUUUACAAUCAUCAGAAUAGAGAUGGUGGAUGGGGUCUACACAUCGAGGGUCAUAGCACUAUGUUUGGCAGUGCCUUAAACUAUGUUACCUUGAGAUUGUUGGGUGAAGGAUGUAAUGAUGGAGAAGGGGCAAUGGAGAAGGGACGCAAGUGGAUUUUGGACCAUGGUGGUGCCACUUUAAUAACAUCUUGGGGAAAGUUUUGGCUUUCAGUACUUGGGGUAUUUGAGUGGUCUGGAAAUAAUCCGUUACCCCCUGAGAUGUGGGUCCUUCCAUAUUUCUUUCCCGUGCAUCCAGGUAAGAUGUGGUCUCAUUGCCGGAUGGUGUACCUUCCUAUGUCAUACUUAUAUGGGAAGAGGUUUGUUGGACCUAUCACAUCUACCAUUCUAGCCUUGAGAGAGGAGUUAUUUAUUGUCCCCUAUCACAAUAUAGAUUGGAAUAAUGCGCGCAACCUUUGUGCCAAGGAAGAUCUUUAUUACCCUCACCCAUUCGUCCAAGACAUAUUGUGGGCAACUCUUGACAAGUUUGUGGAGCCUAUACUCAUGAGAUGGCCUGGGAAAAAGUUGCGAGAGAAGGCUCUUCGCACUGCAAUGGAACACAUCCAUUAUGAGGAUGAUAGUACUCGCUAUAUAUGCAUAGGGCCUGUAAACAAGGUGUUAAAUAUGCUCUGCUGCUGGGUAGAAGAUCCAAACUCAGAGGCUUUCAAGCUACACCUCCUAAGGAUACAUGAUUAUCUUUGGCUUGCUGAAGAUGGCAUGAAAAUGCAGGGUUACAAUGGUAGUCAACUUUGGGAUACCGCAUUCACCGUUCAAGCAAUUAUCUCUACAAACCUCAUCAAAGAAUUUGGUCCAACACUGAAAAAAGGACACAUGUUCAUAAAGAAGUCACAGGUGUUGGAUAACUGGCCUGGUGAUCUUGAUUAUUGGUAUCGUCAUAUUUCAAAAGGUGGUUGGCCUUUCUCAACAGCAGAUCAAGGAUGGCUCAUUUCAGAUUGUACUGCAGAAGGGCUCAAGGCUGCACUCUUGCUUUCAAAAUUGUCAUCAGAUAUUGUUGACGAGCCACUGGAUGCAAAGAGAUUUUAUGAUGCUGUCAAUGUUAUUUUAUCUUUACAGAAUUCAGAUGGUAGUUUUGCAACAUAUGAACUGACAAGAUCCUACAGCUGGUUGGAGUUGAUCAAUCCUGCUGAAACUUUUGGUGACAUUGUCAUUGACUACCCAUAUGUAGAGUGUACUUCAUCUGCAAUUGAUGCUCUGGUGGCAUUUAAGAUAUUGUACCCUGGGCAUAGGCAAGAAGAAGUACAACGUUGUAUUGAUAAAGCUGCCGCCUUUAUCGAAAAAAUACAAGAACCAGAUGGUUCAUGGUACGGUUCCUGGGGAGUUUGCUUCACAUAUGGCACAUGGUUUGGAGUGAGAGGAUUAGUGGCUGCUGGAAGGAACUUCUCUAAUUGCUUGAGCAUUCGUAAGGCCUGUAACUUUUUAUUGUCUAAGCAACUUGCUUCAGGGGGAUGGGGAGAGAGCUAUCUCUCUUGUCAAAACAAGGUGUAUACCAAUCUUGAGGGGAAUCGAUCUCACGUUGUAAAUACGGGAUGGGCUAUGCUAGCUCUCAUUGAUACUGACCAGGCCAAGAGAGACCAAACGCCAUUGCACAACGCAGCAAGACUAUUGAUUAACUCUCAGAUGGGAAAUGGAGAUUUUCCGCAACAGGAGAUUAUCGGGGUUUUUAACAGGAACUGCAUGCUUACAUAUGCUGCAUUUAGAAACAUCUUCCCAAUUUGGGCCUUGGGAGAAUACAAAUAUAGGGUACUUCAGGUGCCAAGCUAAAUUUACUUUAAUGGUAGUUAUCUUCCAUUCAUUUGUAUCGCCUUUUGAACAUUAAAAGAGUCUUGAAAUGGUCUCUUCUGAAGAAACUUACGAACUGGAAUGUGUUAGAGAAACAAAAUGGGGGUAUUCGUCAAAAUGAGAUCUCUCUUUUUUUAUUUUUUUGUCUUCAAGAUUUAUAUAUUCAAGUGCUAUGUUAUAGGGGAGGGAACAAACUUUUGUACCUUCAUGUAAUCCAUUUUAUUAGAAAUUUGGCAACACUAAGAUGAUACAUGAAGUAGAGUGCUCCAAUUAUCUUUAAAAUAGGCGAAUGCCCGUGCGUUGCACAGAAACACCUA